UGCUAAGGCGGAAGCCAAAAGGAGUCCGUCGGCGACCGGACCGAGCAAAGCUCCGUCUUUUCUCUCUCCCACGCCCACCAGCGAUCCCAUCUCGCCGCCCGCCCACCGCCGAUCCCAUCUGCCGCCGCGGAGGACCCGGAGGCAUGAGGAAGUCCAAGGCGGCUGCGGCGGCGGCGAAGCAGCCGCACCACGCGGCGCAGAACGGCCACGCCCUCCCCUCCAGGCUCGCCCGGUACCUCGACCCCGACGCGUCCUUGGACAAGGACCAGCUGCUGGACGCGGUGCACUGGAUCCGGCAGGCGGUGGGGCUCGCCUGCGGCUUGCUCUGGGGCGCCGUCCCCCUCGUCGGCGUCUUCUGGAUCGCCCUAUUCUUUACAAUUUCCACCGUCAUAGUUCAUUUGUACUAUGCGCAUUUGCUGAAGAUUGAUGAGGAAGACUUUGGAGGCCAUGCCGCCCUACUUCAGGAGGGGCUCUUUGCUUCGUUCACCCUUUUCCUUAGGGAGAUUGACGACAGGGCAUGGUGGAGGAGCAGCCGACGUGGAGGGCGUAUGGAGGGAACGGGAGGAUGUUGCAGUGGGUUCUAGAGUCUGGACUCCAUCUUCAAGAACCUUCGCCGCCACUGACAAGAAUGCAAUGAGAUGAACUAGAAAGGAAAUGAGGCUGGGAUGAGUAGUUCCGUAUUUUAUACAGUGGCAGAGGUGGGUAAAUAUCUGCUACCGCAAAGCCAUGUCUCUAUGCACACACAUCUCAGCCGUUAGUUCCAGGUAGAUCGAAGGGCUCACGUUGUCCAGAGGCAGAUACGCCAUCACCACCAACUGAGAUUUUUAUAGGAGUAGAAAUCAAAAAUAUUCAUGUUAUUUUUGUCAUAGAUCAACUAUUGUUAUGUCCGAAAUUCAUGUUAGAAGUUGUUAAACACACCUUUAUUCA